ACCCUUUGAAAUGUCUCUCCACAACUGACUGCCCAAACAAACAAAAGAAAACCCAUCUCUCUCUCUCUCCCUCUCAAAUUAUGAAAGUGGAACAAAACACUCCAAAAAUUUUCUGGGUUUUGAUCGAACUUUUUUUUUUUUUUCCUCAUUUGUUUAUUUCUUUGUGCUGUAGUACAAACACUACCUGUUCUUUUUCUCUCUCUCUCUUAAUUUCCCAACAUAUUUAUGUUCUCGUCCUCUGUCUCUCUCUCUUCACUUCGCCCAAGUGGAGAAAUGAAGGCUAGUCUUCUCAUCCUCUCUCUUCUUCUUCUCAUGGGUGCCUCCACAGCCCAGAUGCCAGGUUUUAUAAGUUUAGACUGCGGUGGUGCAUCCAAUUUCUCUGACGAGCUUGGUAUUUUGUGGACUCCUGAUGAUCAGCUUAUGUAUGGAGAAACAACUAAUGUAUCUGUUGCAAACGAGACAAGGAAGCAAUAUCAGACCCUGAGAUACUUCCCUGCUGAUAACAGGAAGUACUGUUACACGCUCAAAGUCAUAAGUAGAACUAGGUACCUUGUAAGAGCAACCUUCUUGUAUGGUGAUUUUGACAAAAAUAAUGUUUAUCCAAAGUUUGACAUCUCCCUUGGGGCGACUCACUGGGCUACCAUUGUCAUUUCGGAUGCUGAUACGAUCGAGGUCCAAGAGUUAAUAAUUCUGGCUUCGGAUCCCACCAUAAGUGUGUGUUUAUCCAAUGCUACAACUGGGCAGCCUUUUAUCUCUACCCUUGAACUCCGACAAUUCAAUGGUUCAGUCUACUUUACACAGUAUGAAAGUCAGUUCUAUCUCAGUGUGUCCGCAAGAAUAAAUUUUGGUGCAGAGAGUGAAGCUCCGGUCAGGUAUCCUGAUGAUCCAUUUGAUAGAAUAUGGGAAUCUGAUUCUCUUAAGAAAGCAAAUUACCUUGUUGACGUUGCCGCGGGAACUGAGAAAGUAUCAACCCGAAUGCCAAUUGAUGUAAGCGCUGAUGAAAGACCACCCCAGAAAGUGAUGCAGACAGCUGUAGUCGGUAGAAAUGGAUCGUUAACUUACCGCCUGAAUUUAGAUGGGUUUCCGGGUUUUGGUUGGGCUUUCACCUACUUCGCAGAAAUAGAAGAUUUGGGUCCAAAGGAAAGCAGAAAAUUUAGGCUUGUGCUCCCAGGAAUGCCUGAGCUCAGCAAAGCUGUUGUUAAUAUCCAAGAAAAUGCUCAAGGAAAAGAUCGUCUGUACGAGCCUGGAUACCCCAACAUUUCUCUUCCUUUUGUUCUGUCUUUUAAAUUUGCGAAAACAAUCGACUCUUCCAUGGGGCCCCUCCUGAAUGCAAUGGAGAUAAAUAAAUAUCUUAAGAAAAACGAUGGUUCUCUAGAUGGAUCAGUAAUUGCUAGUGUAGUCUCACUCUACUCAUCAGCAGAUUGGGCACGAGAAGGUGGUGACCCAUGCCUUCCAGUUCCGCUGUCCUGGUUGCAGUGUAACUCAGAUCCUCAACCCAGGAUAACUAAAAUUAAAUUAUCGGGGAAGAAUUUGACAGGCAAUAUCCCUCAGGACUUGACGAAGUUGAGUGGCUUAGUUGAGCUGUGGCUUGAUGGGAAUUUUCUGGAUGGUCCAAUACCUGAUUUUUCGGGAUGCAAGGAUUUGGAGAUAAUUCAUCUCGAGAACAAUCAAUUAACUGGUGAUAUGCCUUCCUCUUUGGCAGAAAUACCAAAUCUAAGGGAACUGUACGUGCAGAAUAAUAAGUUAUUUGGAAAAGUGCCAUCAGGUCUUCUGGAUAAGAAUCUUGUUUUGAACUACACUGGGAAUGUUAAUCUUCAUAAAGGGGGUAACAAAGUGAGCAACAGCAAAAUUAUCAUUGGAUCAUCAGUUGGAGCUGCUGCUCUGCUUAUCGCAACUAUUGCCUCCUGUAUAUUAAUGCAGAAAGGAAAGAAGAAAUAUUCUAAGAAAGACCAGAUUGAACAUACCAUGCCUAGUCAAAGACUAGUUUCAUCAUUGGGUGAUGCCGCUAAAGAAGCUGCACAUUGCUUCACAUUAUCCGAAAUUCAGGAUGCCACGAGGCAGUUUGAGAGGAAAAUUGGCUCAGGAGGCUUUGGAAUUGUAUACUACGGGAAAACGAAUGAUGGAAAGGAGAUUGCGGUCAAAGUUUUAACCAGCAAUUCAUUCCAGGGAAAGCGUGAAUUUUCCAAUGAGGUGAUUCUUCUCUCAAGGAUACAUCACAGAAACCUGGUACAGUUUCUUGGGUAUUGCCAAGAAGAUGGGAAAAGUAUCCUCGUUUAUGAAUUCAUGCACAAUGGAACUCUCAAGGAACAUCUUUAUGGCCCACAAACACUUGACCAAAGCAUUAAUUGGAUCAAGCGCCUUGAGAUUGCUGAAGAUGCUGCAAAAGGGAUAGAGUACCUUCAUACAGGCUGUGUUCCGUCAAUCAUUCACCGGGAUUUGAAAACCAGCAAUAUUCUUCUCGAUAGUAACAUGCGUGCAAAGGUUUCAGAUUUUGGUCUCUCAAAACUUGCAGCGGAUGGAGCUUCCCAUGUGUCAAGCAUAGUUCGAGGCACCGUUGGGUAUUUGGAUCCUGAGUAUUAUAUCUCUCAACAGUUAACCGACAAGAGUGAUGUUUACAGUUUUGGAGUCAUCCUUCUCGAGCUGAUAUCUGGUCAAGAAGCAAUAUCUAAUGAAAGCUUUGGUGUUAACUGCCGUAACAUAGUCCAAUGGGCAAAAUUACAUAUUGAAAACGGGGACAUUCAAGGAAUCAUCGACUCUUCGCUGCGUGGUGAAUAUGACAUCCAGUCAAUGUGGAAGAUAGCGGAGAAAGCUCUGAUGUGUGUCCAACCCCACGGGAACAUGAGACCAUCCAUGUCAGAAGUCAUAAAGGAGAUUCAAGACGCUAUAUCAAUCGAACGGGGCGCAGAGGCGGUGAGAGAAGGUAACUCGGAUGAGAUAUCAAGGUAUUCAGUUCAUUCUUCCUUGCAUAUGGGCUCUCAGGAUUUAGGUGCAAGCGAUCAUUAUUUGUCGAUUGAUGACUCAAUUGCUCGGCCAACUCCUCGGUAGUUACUCGUCCAUAUUGGGGCUCUAUUUUUGGUUCCCGUUAUUGGGUAUGAAUUUCUUGAUUUUGGGUGUGGAUAAUGUAAAAAGUGAAAGAGCUAUGAUGUCAAGAAGUUGUAAGUCGUAUUUGAUAUGUAAUGAUUGUUGAGCUA